AUGUUGUUUCAAGUGGGAGGCCAAGGGACUCGUCCCACCUUCUUCGAGAUGGCGGCGGCUCAGCAGCUCCCCGCCAGUCUUCGCGCCGCUCUCACCUAUUCCAUCGGCGUAUUAGCUUUACGAAGACCCUUCCUCCAUAGGGUGUUAGACUAUGAAGACGAAUUCUUUUCGUUGCUCAUGCUAGUUCUCGAAACUCAUAGCUUGAGAACUACAGAUGCUUCCUUCUCUGAGUCUCUAUAUGGAUUAAGAAGGCGGGCUGUGAAGAUAAAAGCCAUGAAGGAUGAUGCUCGCCUGAACCCAGGUGAUGGAAUUCAGCAUUCUGGGUUAGAAAAGCGCCAAAGAGUUCUGUCAGUUGUCUUUUUGGUUGUAUUGCCUUACUUUAAGUCGAAAUUGCAUUCAAUCUAUAAUAAAGAAAGGGAAGCCAGACUUCAAGCAAGCUUAUGGGGACACGUUGAUGAAAGAUUUGAUGAUGCUGAUAUAUUUGAUAGAGGGGAGGAUUCUGUUAUUCCAAGAGGAAAUUUGGAUAUGGAAGCAUCAGUUAGAACGCGUUUGACUAAAAAGAUCCAGAAAUUUAUAGGUGCUUGCUAUCCUUUGCUACAUGCUAGUACUGAAGGAUUUUCAUUUGCUUAUCAGAUGUUAUACUUGUUGGAUGCAACUGGAUUUUAUUCCUUAGGAUUACAUGCUCUUGGGAUUCAUGUCUGUCGAGCUACAGGGCAAGAGCUGAUGGAUACAUCUUCUAGAAUUUCAAAAACAAGAAGCCGUGAACGUGAGAGACUUCGUGGUCCUCCAUGGUUGAAGGCAUUACAAGGAGCAUUGCUCAGUGGUACGUACACGGUGCUCGAUUAUGCACAGACUGGGUUAAUUGCAGCAGUAUUCUUUUUUAAAAUGAUGGAAUGGUGGUACCAGUCUGCUGAAGAGAGAAUGUCAGCUCCAACCAUAUACCCUCCACCUCCUCCACCUCCACCUCCCCAGGUUGCCAAAGAGGGGAUUCCACUGCCACCCGAGAGAACUCUUUGUCCUCUCUGUUCACAGAGGCGUGCGAAUCCAUCUGUAAUUACAGUUUCUGGGUUUGUCUUUUGCUAUGCCUGCAUUUUCAAGUAUGUUUCUCAGUAUAAGCGAUGUCCAAUCACAUUGAUGCCAACCACCGUCGACCAGAUAAGGAGGCUCUUUCACGAUGUGUAG